GGUAUUUUAGUCUCUUUUUAAUACAGUAAUAAAAAACAGAUAGCAAGAUAAUGAAGAAGGAAGGAAAAAGGAGGGAGACCAUCUGCCCCAAUAACACAAAAAUGGACGGUUCCGGCAACAAUCAAAACCUUGAAGAUGUUGAAUGGCGGUUGUCCUCAGUUUGGUUUGGAGGUUACGAGUUUUUAUGACCAAUAAGGCAAUGGAUGACAACAUUAUAUACUCUUGGCUCAAUACUUAUCAUUUUGGAAAUCAAACAUUGUGAAUGUAAAAAUGUUUGAUUUCCGAAAUGAUAAGUAUUGUGAACGUAGUUGGUUUUGUUGCUCGAAAAGAACACCAGAACAAGCAAGUGGGACACUGUAUAUGCAAUGUGGGGACAGCAUGCCUUGCACUUCUUGUAUACGAGUGUUAUUUCAGUUCCAUAGAACUGAUAUUUGGGAAUUAUGGAUAUGGCUUUACAUAUAGAGCAGAGUCAGCAGGUGGUCGAGACUAAGCUACAGGAAUCUUCUCCAAAUUCCGACAAAAGGGUUGAUACUAACUCUUCAAGGUUUCAAACAGAAGGCAAAGUUUCAAAGAAGGAUCCGAAGAAACACAAAUUGAUCUUCCUGGAUGAAGGGCUGCCGGAUGGAACUGAAUUAGCUUAUUUUUCUCGUGAAAAGGCAGUACUAAAGGGAAUUAAAAAGGGCUGUGGAAUAUUUUGUUUUUGUUGCGAGACUCAGAUCAGCCCCUCCGAGUUUGAGAAGCAUGCUGGGUAUGAAUACCGCAGAAAACCCUACGAAAAUAUUUUUCUUCUAAACGGACCAGUGAAGGGACGCUCGCUUAGUGAAUAUGCAUUUGAGUUGAAGCAAGGUUUUAAACAACUAGACCAAUUGGUUUGUAUUAUAUGUUCUAGGUUAAUGCAGAGAGAAUGUAAAGAUGCAACACGCAUUCCUUUCAAGAAACGCCGUUGCAUUAACUGCCGAAAACCGGCGAUUUCGGAGGGACAAAAUGAUGUUGUUGCAUGUGUGUUAUGCAGUGAAUAUGAUUUUUGUGAAACUGGCUUUAAUGAUAGGACUGCUAUUAUUUGCAACCAGUGCGAGAAAGAGUAUCACAUUGGCUGCUUGAGGGAAAAGAACAUGGCCCAUUUAAAGGAAUUGCCACAUGGGAACUGGUUCUGCUCUGUGGGUUGUGAAAAGCUUCAUUCUGAUCUUGAGGCUUUGGCAACUUAUGGACCUCGUACGAUAUUGAAUUCUGAUGCUCAGUGGAUUCUUCUUCGCGGCAAAUGUGCAUCUGGAGGAAACAAAUUGCUUCUUGAUGAAGCUGUUAAAAUAUUUCAUGAAUGCUUUAACCGAAUUCUUGAUCCAGGAACUGGGCAGGAUAUCAUUAGUUCAAUGGCAUAUGGGGAAGAAAUGUCUCCCUCUGAUUUCUCAGGAGUACGUUGUGCCAUGUUAACAAUAAACUCAAAAGUGGUUACUGCGGGGUUGUUUCGUAUUUUCGGGCAUGAGGUUGCAGAACUUCCGAUUGUCGCCACUAGCCAACCUAACCAGGGCAAGGGAUACUUUCGAUUGUUUCUGACUUACUUUGAGACACUGCUCUCAGAGUAUAAAAUUAAGAAGCUGGUUCUUCCGGCUGCCGAUAAGGUCCAAGCCAUGUGGAUUGAAAGAUUUGGUUUUAGUGUAGUAACCGAUGCACAGCUUAGAGAGUACCAGCAAGUGCAUACCGCAAUGAUAACUUUUAAGGGAACAACUUUGCUGGAGAAAGUGGUCACUGAGCAACUAAACUGAAAACAUUUUGGGAUUCUGUUUACUAGAUCGCGGGCUUUUUAGUAAGCGAUAUACAAACAGGCGGCUUAGACAAUUGUUGUGCAGAAUAAAUAUAAAUUAUGGAUUUAUGUGCAUCAUAAUUAGUCAUGAUUUUUUCUUUUAUAUAUACUCUUUGUGGUUUGCAUCCUAAAAUUGUAAUGCAGUUUAUAUGAUUUUGUUGUUA